UCAGGAUACUGAGAGCUGCAUGAUCAUGCCGAAUCCGGGAGAGGAACCAGUACUCGGUACUGGUGGACAGAUUGAUGGCAUGGUGAUGUCCCUGAUAGAUGCUGCUUAUGACAAAAAAGCUAAUGUAAGAAGCAUCAUUAUCUCUUCAUUGGUGGAUGUUGGCAAGAAGAAACCAAAGCUUGUUCUCAGCUCAUGUCACUCAUAUUUAAGAAAACACAAUAAGUUACCCAAAGAUCACAGGACAGUAAUCCUCCAGACGAUGGAGCGAGUCUUAAAGGAAGGAGAUGAUGUACCAGGUGCACUCUCUAUGGAUCUUAUCAAACUAGCCUCCGAUGAAAUGACCACUUCAAAGGAAGUGGAACCAGAGUGGCAGACUGCUGCUAGCAAUGUCCUAGUUGCCCUUGGUAACAAGUUAUGCAAUGAUGUCAUGGAAGAUCUCUACAAGAAAUUCCAGCCUGGUUUCCUUCCACAUUUCUUUGUUGUACAAACCAUGGCUAACCUGGCCAAUGUCAAUCCAUUUGGGUUUGUACCUCACCUGAGUGCUGUAUUGAGUACUAUGAUACCCAUGUUGGGUAUGGCCAAACAUGACAACAUGAAGUGGGUCUUCUCUGCAGCAUUUGCAAGAUUCAGCGAAAGCAUCCUUCAUUAUGUAGCCAACUCUGACACUGCUCCAGAUCCAACAAUAAAGAAAGAAACUUACGCUGAUCAGAUCUUCUCUGGUUUUGAUGUACUAUUCUCACUGUGGCUACCAUCAAAGGAGGCUAAGCUACGUCUGAUAGUAGUUGAAGCAUUAGGUCCAAUGACUCACAUUAUGACCAAAGAGAAGUUAGACGAACAACUUCCUAAACUAGUCCCUGGUAUCCUAGCACUCUACAAGAAACACCAAGAGGCUUUCUACAUUACACAGGGAUUGUGUAUGAUUCUAGAAGCAGCUGCUGCUGAGGGUAGUACUAUUCUUGACCCACAACUAGAUACCAUCCUAAACACAAUGCAUGCACAGGUGUGUGUACCAGUAGACUACACCAACCCAACAGGUCUCAAGAAUCAUAAUGAGGUCCGGCGUUGUUUUUCGGUCCUAGCUACGUCUUUCCCUGAUCGUGUAGUCAACUUUUUACUCCUGAAGCUAGACAACAGUAAUGAGAGAAUUCGCAUUGGUACACUGGCUGUAUUUAAACAACUGAUUAACUCUGCAGGCCCUCAUAUGGAAGACAAGAAGCCUUUGAUUUUAUCUGGUCUCAAGCCUGUGUUACAGGAGAACAAUAACAAGGUGAAGAAGAUGUUUGCCCAGGUUGUAAUAGCUAUGGCUGAUCAUGAUUACUUGUUACUAGAGGGUGGUCAUCGUAUGGUUGAAUUCAUCAUCUGUCAGUGUACCCUUACUCCAGAUGUACAGACUGGUAAAAGGAAUCCUGAUCCGGAGUUUGUGAGUAAUGAAGCUUUAAGAUCUAUGAGUGAGAAUGUGCUUCAUCUCAUUACUACAACUAUUGGUAGCAUGGAAGAGGUUUUAUGGCCAUUCCUGUUGGAGUUCCUAGCUUUACCUCAGUACACGGACGCCAUGAUGCCAUUGUGUCGUAACCUAGCCUACAUAGCAUCUAAGAAACGAGAAGCCCAAGAUGAGGAUUAUAUGAUAGACUUUGAGACACUUGUCAAUGUUCCCAGACCAUGCUCUAUCAUUGCCAGGCUCAUGGUAAUGGCCGGUAGACCAGACAAUGGUCGUCAGAGAGGUGUGUAUGUUCUCAAGUUGAUGCUAGGGUUAUCUCCGAACCUGAAUGAAUCAAUAGCAGACAUGUGGGAUGCAGUCAUUCCCAAGCUCAUACAGUAUUUAGAGGAUAAUCUUGAUAAUCCUGACAAGUGGUCCCAGAAAGCUUGGGAGGAUCUUCUCUUAAAGUUAUUGUCCAAGACAUUAGAUGAUGCACAGAAUGAAGACUGGGUUGCUGCAUUAGGAACAUGUUUUGGAGAACAUACUGCUUUGUAUCAAAACAUGCCAGAAGAAAAGAAUUUCUUGUAUAAAUGUCUUGGAGUGGUGAUGAGGAAAGUGACAAACAAACAGUUUAUCCAGAAGCACCUUGAUAUCAUGUUUGCUGUGGUUAGACAUAAUAACCAGACUGAAAGAGAGGGUUGUGCAAUUGGCGUUGGUUUCUGUGCUUCAUCCCAUCUGGAUCUAGCCCUCACCAAACUUGAAACUGUAACUAAGGGAGAAAUGACCAGGAAAUCAUCUGGUUUCUUUGGAUUUGUGAAGGAUAAGGGAAAUGAUGACACUGGUAAGAUCAAGAGUACAGUGAUGCUUUGCUAUGGAUAUCUAACACUCUAUGCUCCUACAGACAUCAUCGCAUCAAGGGUUGAAACAAAUAUCCUCAAGAAUAUCAAUCCGCACUUCAAAAAUGUCAAGGAUGCUGCUGUAAAACAGAACCUAAUCCGAGCUGUAGACCUGAUCGGGAAGGCCUUGCAUCCAGACCAUCUCAAAACCAGGCACUCGUUUGCUAAGAAGACUGAUUUACUCGCUCACAUGAUGUCAUACAUGCAAGCAGAGAGUACCAAGGAGAUUACCACAGAUACAAGAGCUUUAGCACUUCAAGCAUGUGCAGCAUUAGUUAAACUUGAUCCUCUUCUUACUGAGGCUGAUGCGUUUACACUUAUCAAUACUGGUGUGACUUGUCUCUUUAAGCUCCCUGACUGCCCGCUCAUGACCUCUAAGGGAAAGGAAGAACUUCGAGAAGAUGAAAUCAAAGAGUACGAUGUGCUGAUAGAAUCAUCAUUGGAUGGUCUUCAUGAGAUGCUUAAAGAGCUUCUGAGGAAAGAUAUCACACCAAUAGGCUUCCAUAAUAUAUUCAAGCAUCUACAUCCAUGGUUGUUAUCUGGUGAGGGUCAUGAGAGACAGAGAGCAGUAGAGACUACCAUGGUCCUUCUAUCAUUCUAUCUGGAACAUGUAGAAGAUGUCACAGGGGGGCCCUCUGCCUUUACCUGUAUGGGUGAAAUCUUAGCCUACCUUGUCCCAAGGUGUUCAGAUCCAUGCAUUGACGUCCGUGGUCAAGCUAUAGAAGGCAUUCAACUCACACUUAAGAUUGCUCUACUAUAUGAAGGGAGAGCAAGAGAUUAUGAAGACAAGAUGGUAGAAGCCCUUUCCGUCCUUCGGGGUAGGAGUACAACCACUGAUGCUCAGGCUCUAUUUAGUAUCAUAAGUGAUCUAUCAAAGGCCCUUGCCAGGAGAAUACCCAGUGAACAACUAGAAGGUUUUGUAUUUCUACUAAUAGAAGGACUCCUUGAUACUCAAUCUCAUUGUUCCAGUGGUGCUUGUGUAGUACUCAACACUAUCCUAAAGUCAAGAGGAACUGAACUCAUCACAUCAGUUGUAAAGCUUAUAACUGCCCUCCACAUCAAGCUAGCAUCAAUCACGUUCCCACAGACCCGUACAGGAACAAUGAGAGCCAUUAGAACACUAGCCUCUACCCAUCUAGAACCCGUCCUUAAUACACUUAUCAGAUUCCCACUUCCUUAUGACCAACACAUCAUAGAGUGUUGGCGUACAUUAGCCUGUGAUGGCAGUCUUCUGCAGGCCGUCUAUGAUAGAUGUUUGGAUAUGAUGGCUCGUAAUGUACAUGUUGAUGAGAAGAUAGAUCCUAAAUCCAAGAAAAUCCUCUCCAAGGUUGCCAAUUUGAUGCCGUUAUCUGUUGUAUCAGCUCUGACUGAAACAUUCCAAGUGGAGGAAUCAGAAGAUGUUGUUACUGAUAACUUUCCAAGGUUGUUCUCGUCUCUACUGAUCUACAUUGGCUCUUGCGUGGGUAAGGUCAAACCUCCGUCCCUCAAAGCUGAUCAGAUCCAACAACAAGAGAUUGUCAAUGUGAAAGAUGUGAAAGCAUUCAACAAGGCCUUGGCUGUUAUCUGCCCUAGCUUCUUGGCAACUGAAUCUAUUAAGUGUUUGCUAGCAAGAGGGCCUAAUUCUGCAGAUCUGAUGGAGCUACUUAGUAAGGAGGGAGUAUGGACUAAACUGCAAGAAGAGGAAGAGUAUGAGGAUGGGGUACAGAUACUUGGGAGGGCUGUGGCAGAGUACAGAGGCAACUACAUCCCUCGGAUCGUUGGAGCUGUCUCUCCAAACCUCAACAGUCUGUUUGAUACACAGAGAAUUGUUACAACAGCUUUCUUAGCUGAGCUGAUCAAUCAGAGAUGUGCAGGCGAUAUCUCUCAAGUUGAGAUCAUCAUGAAUAAUCUCCUUGGUAGGCUUGUUGAUGGCAAUGCUGUUGUUCGUAAGCUUUGCAUCAGGGGUCUUGGUAACAUAGCAAGUCUUGGAUCUGAUCAGGUUCAGAAGUAUUCUACGACUGUGUUAUCUUCUAUGAUGGCUGGUAUGGAUGAUAAAGAUGACCCAGAGGAUAGCAUCACCUUGGAAGCCAUGUCUGGUCUAACUCGUAUCCUUAUGGAGAUCUCAGAGAGCAACGUUAGACCUAUCCUUAUCAAUGUUACUUUGCGCAUUAGACCUUGCUUUGAAAAGGACCGUGCGUCAGUACGAGCAGCAUCCUUUACCCUAUUUGGUAACCUGAGUCGGUUUGGUGAUGGUCCAUCAAGAGAUCCAUUCCUUGAGCAGAUCCAUACAAAUUUUGUUAGUCUACUGCUUCACCUUAAUGAUGAAGAUGAUGACGUUAAGAAGUCUUGCAAAUUUGCUCUAAGACAGUUUGGUCCUUUGAUGGGGUCUAGUGCAAUGAAUGAUAUGUUCCAGAAGCAUCUGCUUGAGGACAGAAAACUCAACUAUGGAGAAUUCAUGUAUGACCUCUCUAAAGUCAUUAUUGUUGACUUACUUCAGAAAGUGAAUUUCUAUGUGAUGGGUAACGUUUCAUUCUUCCGUAGUGCUUGGCCAGAUAUUAGAGCUAAUGCUGCUAUGUGUGUUGGAUUCUUACUUGGAAACCUACCUAGAGAUAAUCAUAGUCUUAUCAGCAAGGAUCAUGUCUGCGGAGCUUUGAUUCAACUUCUUAAAGAUCCAGAGCCCUCUGUAAGAGUCAAAGCAGCUGAAGCCAUGAGUCUUCUCUUUAACUUCUAGACAAAUUUGGUACUUAUGAUAUAAUCAUCUUUAAUAUUCAGCAAACAUAUAUAUAUCAUUUCUUUCAGUACAUAGUGAAUUAGCAAUCAGAAAACAUGGGGAUGUGACUUUGAAAGUAGGUAUUUAAAGAGAGUUUAUUGCAUCUCAUUGUGGAGUUUACAACUUGGGAUCUUGGGAUUUUGGAUGAAAAUUGUACAUAGUUAUUCCUGCAGUAGCAUGAAUCAAUGUGUGAUGCUAGCUUCUAAAGCAAGUGCAGUAUACUAGUAAAACUCAUCAUUUUACAUGAGAUAUAUAGUGCAGUAUGUAAUAUGUGUGGUAGACUAAUGAUUAGCAAAGUCACAUUUUUUUAUUGACUUUAAUGAUGUUGUUAUUUAUUUCCAUCAUCAUAUGAUGGACAAAGCAUAUUUUGCUUGUAGUUCUGGUUUAUAUACAGACAGAUCUCAUGAUAUAUUACAGCUUAUAAAGCAAAAGAAUGAACUACAUGUAACAAACCUGUUGGUUCAUUAUUUAAUACAUGUACUUGCAUGAUCAGAUGAAUGAUUAAAAAUAAAAUUUGUAUCUCUUUUAAAGUGCUGAUGUCAGAUAUUCAAUCAAGAAAGAUAGGGUUUUCAAAAUUUAAACAAGUUUAAACAAUAAAUAUAGUAAUUAAUAUAAAUAUUAAUAGGCUGCCGUAGUAAUACUUAAAAAAAUUGCAUUUUGUAAAUAAAUGAGUCAUUUCCAAUUAAGAAAAAAAAAUAGUAGGAAACAACUGAGAAAAAGUUCUGGUUCUGUUCAAGUCAUUUUCCUGCAUGAAACUGAAAAGAAGUACAUUUUUGUUAUCAAAAAGAAACAAUUUGCUUUAAGUUUUGUGAAGUUGUAUUGAAGUUAGUGCGAAGAAGUGCAGGUUUUUGUCUCACCUGCAUAGCAGAGUGAGACUAUAGGCGCCGCUUUUCCGACGGCGGCGGCAGC